AUGCCCCGGCCAACCCAAAAUCAGGACGAUCCGUCCUUUUGGGCGCCUGGAACACUUACCUUGGAGGAUUUACAAUCCGCCUCUGAACAAGUCAUUCUACAUCCGACGCCGUCCUCAGACCCCAACGAUCCCUUAAACUGGACCCCGCGGCGAAAGACGGUCAACUUCACCCUCGUCUGCUUUUACGUCUUGAUGACCUUUGUCCAGCUCGACGUCGGAUUUACAUCAUGGGACCAGUACCAAGACGAACUCGGCUUUUCCAUCGACUUCCUCAAUGCGGCGGCCGCCAUCAACUAUGCUGGUCUUGCCGUCGGUUGCAUCUUCCUUGUGCCCCUCGUGCAUAAGUACGGUCGCCGCCCCAUGUACAUUUUCAGCACCCUGCUGCAGCUCGUGUCGUGCGUAUGGCUCGGCGCGACCCAGACACGCGGCGACAUGAUUGGCAGCAACCUGCUCUCCGGUAUCAGCGGCGCCAUCAGCGAGACAAUUGUGCAGAUUACAAUUGCGGACCUGUUCUUCGUGCACCACCAUGGAGCCAUGAACGGCUGGUAUCUGUUCGCUACCUUCGCGGGUGCGUACCUCGGGCCAGUGGCGUCUGGGUACAUUGUCAACAGCCAAGGCUGGCGCUGGGUCUGGUGGUGGUGUGUCAUUAUUUUUAGUGUCAAUCUGGUGAUGAUUGUACUUUUCUUUGACGAGUCCAAGUAUGUCAGUAUCAUACAAGGUCAGCCAGGUCCCCGCCCCAUCGCAGCGAUAGCCAGCAACGAGUCCGGUGAAGCGCAGUGCGUUAGCGACGGGUUCGACAAGCUUGAGGCUGGCAUCAAACAGGUGGCGUCUUGCGACAGAACCAAAGAAACUGUUUCUGUCGGAUCCCACAUAGAUCCUACCAUUCCCCUCAAGACUCGUCGACAACGUCUUGCCUUGAUCACCAAGACUGAUGGCUCGAUGGCUGGGGACUUUUACCAGCCCCUGGUACUCCUGUUUACCUUCCCUGCCGUUGCAUUUAUUGCUUUAACAUAUGGAAGUUUAUUGGCGUGGUUUGCUGUUGUGGUGUCUGUGCAGGCGACAUACUUGUUCAACCCACCAUACAACUUCUCUGCCAUUGGUGUCGGUUUGAUGAACAUUGCUCCGUUCAUUGGCACCAUUCCCGCCAUUUGGGUUGGUGGAUACUUGAACGACAAGUCAAUCAUAUGGCUCGCGCGGCGAAAUGGAGGCAUAUACGAGCCUGAGAUGCGACUUUGGAUGUCGAUACCAAUGGCUUUUGUGACCCCGGCCGGCAUUCUCAUGUUUGGACUAGGACUUUACUAUGAGGCUCCUUGGCCGCUGCUGGCUGUGGGUUUCGGUGUUUUUGGUUUCGGGCUCGUUGUAGCUGGCGAUAUUGGGCUCUCAUAUGCUAUGGAUUGCUACCAUGAUGUUAUUGGAAAUGCCUUGGUUGGUGUUGUUUUUUCGCGCAACGUCAUCUCAGUGCUUGUUCUUUUCGCGCUCACCCCGUGGAUCGACGCGAUGGGCUUGCGCAACCUCCACGUCAUGAUUGCUAAAGAUGGCUCACCGACAGCCGACACAUCGUGA